UAGACAGUGGGGAAGGGAUGGAUGUGGAGAGAGCUGCAUCGAAGGGGCAUGGCAUCCUUAGCCUGUUUGACUGGGGCAAGGGCAAGAAGUCCAAGAAGCGGCUGUUCGGCGGAGGCGGGGGCGUUUCUCCGUCACCGGGGAAUACCGUAGACGGGAAGGGAAUCGAUGGCAGCAGGCCAAGCACACCGUCGAAUUCGAUCCUCGAAGAUGCGUCGAGUUUGCGGGAAAGCAGUGAGCAUAGUUCUUCAUCCUCGGUAAUCGAAGAUGAAGCUCGUGUGAUGAAGGGAGCCACUGUUGUAGCGAGGCUUAUGGGUUUGGAUUCCAUGCCCGUGGUAAACUCAUCAGGAUCCUACCCGGUGCCUUUAACCGCACAACAAACCUUCACUAAUGAUGCCCAUGAUGAGUUCAUUGGCAGAAGCUAUGUUGGCAGUCCUAGUCCUCAUAAGAUGCCCAGUAGUCCCAUUGACCGCUUUGGAAUGGAAGCGCUCCCUUCAAGAUUUGCCAAAAGGACGCUUUCAGUUGCGCAGCACAAGUUGUUCUCCCCGGUUAAGAAUCAUAAUCAUGUAUCAACCAGAAAUGCUGCUGAUAUAAUGGAGGCAGCGUCUAGGAUUAUCGGGCCCGGCGUUGAGAGUACUAGCUCUGGCCGAUUUCGGGAUGUUGGGUACUCAAAUUCUGCGCGUGCCUUCAACACAUCAGAGAUUGUAAGAGUCCAACAAAUGUCCCAAGCGGCGAAGAAGCGUGACAGCUCAGCAUCUUCUAAGCCACCGAGAGCAAAACCUUUGGAUGGAAGUUUGAUUACUUCAGAGACCACCUCUUCUUCCAGGGUCUCCGGGUCAAAUGGUAGUGCUCCAGUUGCUCCAAAGAUGAAGACUACCAGCAGACCGUCCCUAGAUCCAAGAGCAAAUGCCCAGGCAAGUGGAGGUAUAAGCAAAGGCGGCAGGAGACUUGCAACUCAUAUGGGUCCUGAACAUAACAUGGUUGAGAGAAAUGGGUGCAACCAACAAAGGAGCAGUAACCAAAUUCAUGAAAGCUCUUCCAAUUUGCUUGAGCAAAAUAACAGAAAGCGGAAUGCUAUGGGUGUCAAGCACAAGGUGAAUUCAAAGUCCGCAAGACUCAGCCAACAAGGAAGCAACAUGCAUCCAACAAAUGCUUCUCCCAGGAAGGCGGGGAUCACUAGCACCCGCACUGAGAACAGCACAAGAGCCAACAAAAAGGGGGAAUUGCAGCCAACCAACUAUGCAAAUAGAAGACUAAACUCUUCAGCUAAAACAAUCCCCAAGCCGAGAAGAUCGCCAGAUGGGAGGAUGCACCCUAAGAAAAGCCAGUCAAUUGACAAAAUUCUCGCUGAGAGAAUCCAAAGGCGUGUUCAGCACAAUAUUGGGACAGAUGAACAAUCGUCUUUCGCCACAAACAAAAGUAAAAUCAGCACUGAGAUUGUUUCAUUCACAUUUACCUCACCGGUUCACAAAUCAUUACCCGGUUCUAGAUUUCGCAAUAAUUCAGUGGAAACACGGUCGAUAGAGAAUUUGAACUCAGUGUCAACUUCAAGCACUGAUGGUGAUUAUUUGGGAAUUCUCCUGGAGCAGAAAUUGAGAGAAUUGACUUCUCGGGUAAGGUCACCGUACUCUAAGCCAGCCAAUGGGGUUCGAAUAUAUGCCCCUACACCAGGUUCGGAAGAUACGGCAUCAGCAUGUGAUACAUCUAGCAUUGCAUCUGCUGAUUAUGAUAGAGAGUCUUCCUUACAGCCUUUCCAGGAUGGAAAAAUGAAAUCACCCUGGACAGAUCUUGCUUCAAAAAGUGGUCAGUCAUCUCAAUCUGUGAAGUAUGAUAACGACUUUGUCGAUCAAGUGGAGUUAGAGCAUCUUCACUUCAGCCCCCGUUCUACUACCUGGGAACCGUCUCUUUCAGCAGAAACCUGCAGCUCUGCGGGGAGCUGGACAAAUGCAAACGAAUCAAGGAUUUUUAGUUCAGCGGAAGGAGCAGCAUCAUCUGGUUCAGUGCAGGACGGUGGAUCCCUAGAAGUGGAUGCUUUAUCUGAAUACUCUGACACGGCCUCGUCGAUCACGGCGACGACAGCUGAGACAGCACACCCAUCAGAAAGCAGCAGCUCGUGCCGCGCGGACGGUUGCCCGGAGAUCGACUUCCUUCGGGAACUACUGAGCGCCUGUUCCCUCAGUGUCGAUUCCUGCUUCGAGCGGGCUGGGACCUCAUCCAUACUGGACCAAUCUUGGCUGGAAGAACUGAACAGCAGCAGUGUUAGAUUGGUGGCAGUGGGUGAAGAAGAUGGCGGUAAGGCUUCGAGGACGACCGUGAGGCUGCUGUUUGAUGGCGCGAACGAGAUGCUGGCCGCGAAGUGUGCCUAUUACUUGGACGCAGGGUACAGGUCGUGGUUCACGGGGACAGCGGUUCUGCGGAAGCUCCUGACGCCCGAGGAGAUGUACAAAGAGAUGGGUGGCAGCGGGGAGAAGGUGGCGGAGGAGUCGAUGGUGGACGAGCUGGUGUACAGGGAGAUGGGUGGGCCCUGGGGCCACGGGAGCUGGGUGGAGCUGAAGGAGGAGGCGUUCGGGGCCGGCAGGGACGUCGCGGACGCGCUGCUGGAGGCCCUAGUCGAUGAGGCCCUCGCUGAGCUUGUGGGAUCCGGUGGCGCCCCGUCAUAGCUGCGGGGGGGUCCUGUUCUUGUUGUUGUUGGCCUUCUUGGGUAAUUGUUGUCCUGUUGAUUAAUUGUUGUUUGACUGUAUGAUGGUGCUGUAGAGGUCUGGGAGGAUGGUUCCUGUAUUUAUUUA